AUGGCGUCCCCAAGUGAGAAGCUCUUUGUGCGCAAAAUCGAGCAGAACGCCCGCUUGAUCCCCACCAACAUCUUCGCGCGCGUCCCGCUCGACGACUGGGAGACGAACGGCUACCGCUCCAUCACCUGGAAACAGUACAACGACGGCAUCAACAAGAUCGCGCACUGGCUGGAUGAGACGCUCGGUAAGUCGGUGGACAACGACACGGUGUCGUACUUUGGGGCCAACGACAUCCGCUAUGCCUUCAUCUUUGCUGCGCUGAACAAGACCAACCGCAAGCUGCUCACCCCUGACGGCCGCCUUAUGAAGGGCGCGCUGCACGGCCUCCUGUCCGCAUCCAACUGCAAGGCGUGGCUGUACACCGAGGACGAGAUCGCCGCCCAAACCCCCUUCGGCCUGGAAGAGACCGGCAUCGUGCUGCAAGCUUUCCCGUCCCUGGAAUGGUGCCUCGAAGCCGAGGACACCACGCCGUAUCCGUACACCAAGACCUACGAGGAGCACAAGCUGGAGGAGAUCCUCAUCAUCCACACCUCCGGCACGACCGGCCCGCCCAAGCCCAUCUACAUGAACAACGGCUUCUGGGCGGCGGCCUGCGCGUCGCCGCAGCUGGCCAAGCGGAACUGGCCGAGGGGGAUCUGUACCGAGGAGCUGUACGGCCGGAGUCUGAUAUUGGCCUGCCCGAUGCGCUGGAACUCGGGGCUGAUCCUGACCAACGCCUUUGGCGUGUUUGCAAACACCUGCUGCGUGCUGCCCCCGGCCGACGCCGUGGGCCUGCCGCCCGCCAUGUUCGACCGGCUCACCAAGCUCAAUCACGUCGAGGGGCUGGUGGCAACGCCCUUCACCGUCGUCGAGCUGUUCAACGACGUCACGACCCGCCCGACGCUCCAGGCCCUGGAGUUUGUCACCUACCUCGGCGCGCGGCUGGACAAGGUCGUCGGCGACGCGCUGGUGCAGCACACGCGCCUCGGGUCCGUCAUCGGCGCCACCGAGACCGGCGGGCGGUUCUCGUUUCUGCCACGCGACAAGAGGUUCUGGCACACGUACGACUUCAUCCCGGAGGCGCACGUGCGGCUCGUCCCGAUCGACAAGUCGGGCCUGCCGACAAACGCGGCCGAGGGAGGCGACGUGCACCGCAUGUUCAUCGACCGGCCCGAGGGGGACAUCAGGGAGUACAUGUGCGCGUUUUGGAACGUGCGGAUGUUUGAGGGCGUCGACACCAUCGACACCAAGGAGCUGUGGCGGCCGGUGGACUGCGACGGGGAGGUGCGGUGGGAGUUCUUCGCGCGGGCCGACGACUCGGUCAAGCUGUUUGGCGGGGUGUCCUUCGACGCGGCCGAAUUCGAGACGCCGAUCGCGAGACACCCCGGUAUCCGACACGUGUUUGUCGGGGGCGCUGGCCGGCCGGCGCCGUUUGUGAUCCUGGACAUGUACGAGGAGGCGGUGCGCGGGCGGGACAGAGGGGACGUUGCGAGGGAGAUUUGGGAGACGGUCGUCGAGCCGCUGAACCGCCAGGUGGUCAAGGAGAUCCGCAUUCCCGUGGAGACGGUCAUGGUGGCGGCGGAGGGGCGGCCGUUGCCUCUGAGUCUCAAGCAGCUGGUGCUUCGGACGCGGGCGGAGGAGGAGUACAAGGCGGAGAUUGAGGCGGCGUACGGGAAGUUGAACGAGGAGGGUCAGGAUAGUCGGGAGAAGUUUGCCGAGUUUAUGAAGUAG